AGCCAUUGGUCCAGGAAGGAAAAGGUAGAGCCACAGGCUGCUCUGCUCCUGCCCCACUAGAUUCUUCUAUAAAUAGCACUUAGGAGGCUUUGGACGCACAGUCCUUGUUUCCUUCUUUGAACAGAAGCUGCUGCACUCCAGGAAGGAGCUGAGACAAGCAAGGGCUGACCACUUGGUAUUGUACAAGUCCUUGUUCCCUAGGUUUUGAAGACCUCAUUAGUGCUGUCUUACUGCUUGAGAAUGGCCUCAGCUGCUCUAUCACCUGAUCCCAGUUUGGAUGCUGAAUGGGAGGAAUGGAAGAUGAAAUUUGAAAAAACAUACAGCCCGGAUGAAGAAAGAUACAGAAGACCGGUGUGGGAGGAAGAGAAGAAAAAGGUUGAAAAGCAUAAUGCAGAGUACGAGCAGGGCAAGACCAGCUUCUUCAUGGGCCUGAAUGAAUUCAGCGACAUGACCUUCGAAGAAUUCAGGAAAAUGUGCUGUGGAAACGUGGUAUGGACAGAAGAAGAACUGGAUUGCGAUAUACACAAAUAUAAGGAUUUGAGAAAAGACAAUGUGACGCCUGAGAGGGAUCAGCCAGAGUAACAAUUUCAGCAGCAAUGGCAACAUUCUUUUAACCUGGGAAUAAAGCAGUCAAUAUACCAUUGCCUCAGGAGCCCUCUACCUCAAGAUGUGACCAACAUGAUGGUGGCAAGGCUGGACAAGGGGUAAAAUAGAAGAAGAAACAGCAGGGGCCUCUUCAUUGCAGUGGCUAGUCUGUGCUGUGUGGAAUUCAACCCUGGAACCCUUUAAGAUACACAAUGUGAUAUGAAAUCUGAAGCCUGAUUUCACUAUAAACGCACUAUAAUACUAUAAUCUGUGCUCUCAAUUACUUUAUAUUGUUGAUUUUCACAAGGAUAUCUAAAUUUUCUUUAAUAAAAAGAAUAUAAACCACGAUGUCUUAAAAGUAAA